GGAGUAACGUUAGGGAAGGGGGAACAAUCGCGCUGGGGAACGGUUUGGAUACUGUGAGUGCGCCUUAGAAGAUGUUGUGGCCUCAGUAAGCGCUAAUGUUAAUAAGUUAAUAAGUUACAUUAAUAAGUAAUGUAGUAGAGAAAGUGGUAGCUCGAAAGGAAACAAAACACAUCGGCAGAUGGCGCUCAAGUACCACUUCGUGGAUUAAUUUAUACUGCAAACCUUUCUAACUUCAAGCCCCCCACCUCUACUGCAAAAAAUGUUACCUACUAGAGCUUGGUAUAACUAGGCAGAUGUUACAAAAAUAAUCAAACACUGGGAAAUAUCUUUAUUCUUAUUUGGUUUAGCUUUAGCUUUGUCUUAUUUUGAUUUAUGUCAUCUGGAGGCCGCCUUGGAAGUUUGAUGAGGCCCCCUAGUGGGUCCCCGACACCCUGGUUGAAAACCACUGCCUUAAGUGGUACAGUACCAGUUCAGCCCAUCAACAAAAGCUGUGGAGCUGCAGAGGUGCUGUCCAUGGUACUGAGAGCGGGAAAGAGAGAGGCGAGAGGAGGAGGGAGGAGGCGUGUUCUUUGUGUUUUGAAGCCUGAGUUAAUCUGCUGUGGCAUCCACUCAGAGAGGAGCCCUACAUCCGAGAACAGCACAGCUCUUGCUCAAGUACGUCCUUCACAAAAACAAGGAAGAAUUCACUUUGCAAUGUCUUCUUCUGAGUAUAUGUGAUUCGUCCUGGAAGACUGUGUUUUAUUUCGCUCUUUAGCCAGACUUUUCAAAGUGCAUGUGUGCUUGGGAGUCAGGAAGCAUUUCUCUGGGUAUUUCUGUAAUGUUGUCAUGCUUUAGGAGGUGUGUUAUGGACAGAUGAGGUGGAGAGGAUCUUUUCCGACUGGAGUUGCGUGCUGCACAGACGCAGUGUGCUUACGAUUGUUUGCUUACAAAAAGCUGCAGGCUACCAUUUUUACCCCUGCAUCUUCCUGCCCUUGGGCACCUGGAUCCAAUGAAUUCAAGUUUGCUGACUUUACAAUGGCUUGAAUGUUUCCUGCAGGACUACUAUUGGAACCUCAGGUUUUAAAUGGAUUUACACAACCUGCAUGGAGAUAGUUCCUCUACUGCCCUGUUGGAAUGCCUGUAAGCAAUGCUUAGCGCCAAACAGGAAGGUUCUCUUACGUUUUUCCAGUAUGUUGAAGACUGCGGACUAAUAGUAUAUAAAGGAUUGGUCACACAGAACCCCGACUACGUGUGGAAUGAGAAAAGCAGGAUUAACUUUCAGGAGAAAAACGAGAAGAAGCGAAAGCAGGAAGACGCUAUUAAAAGUGGGGAGGAGGUGGUCACAGAGGGUAAGCACCUGCGAAUGGGCUCCAUGAGCAUGCCGGCCCCUGCGGAACACGAGUCCCAGCCCACCUGCAACACCGGUUUUGCUGUUCGCUCCCAGUCCCUCCACUCAGUAGGAGGAGGGGAACCAGAGGGCAGCCCUACAUCCCGCAAGCAGCCCCCACCCAAACCCCGGCGCGACCCUAACACCAAGCUCAGCAUCUCAUCUGAAGCUGUGGACCUCAGUCCCACCACCUGUGGGGCGAUGACUCUAGGUGACGACUCGGAGAGGUGUGAUGGAACACAAGGCUGUAGUGACGACUGCAGGAAAGUUCCUCCACCGAAGCCCAAGCGCAAUCCCAACACGCAACUGAGCACUUCAUUCGACGAGUCUUACAUCCGCAAUCAUGGUUCAAAAGGUUCACCCACCUUGCCGUACUCAAGAAAUGGCCAGGCUCCAUCUCCUCCCCAGCCGCAGGGCCCACAGCAGGACUCAGACUUGGAUGAACCAAUCUACAUCGAAAUGUCCGGGAAUGCGGCCCGGGAACCUGUUCCUCAUUUUGAGGAUGACGAGCCAGGUGAGGCUGUUUAUGAAGAGAUGAAGUACCCCACCCUGGACGAGUACGAUUCGCGCUGGGAUCUGGCGAGCUGUCGUUCGCAAUGUAUCACGCCUUGCCCAUCCGAAAUGGAAAUCUACACUCCUCUAAGUCGCUGCAGCACACCAAGGGGUGUGUUGCUUUGUGAUAUUCCCGCCCCAUUUCCCAACCUUUUGAGCCACAGACCACCUUUACUGGUUUUCCCGCCAGCCCCCGCUCAGUGCUCGCCGAACUCGGACGAGUCCCCGCUCACGCCUCUAGACGUGGCAAAGAUUCCCAAGUUAGAAAAUGCUCCUUACAGCAAGUCACCAACUUCAUCUUCUCUGGAAACUUCUGGUUCUGCCUCUACCUCGCACGCCAGGCGUGCUGAGAGGGAGCUAACAGCUACUCCUACAAUAACGGUGUCAGGGCGAUCCUCGGCUCCCCCAGUGCCCUGCGCCCCCUACAAAAGUUCCUCCUCUUCACACGGCUAUCAGCGCAGCCACUCGGCAUGCCCCUCACCUGUAAGCAUGGGCCGCUCCCUGACGCCACUCAGCCUCAUGCGGUCGCCACCUCUUGACGGGCCAUUUCAUGCAGCUGGCCUUCCUCGCAGCGCCUCUGCCACACCUCAUGGAAAAAGUUCACCGCCUCAGGAUCCGGCUUCGGGGGGACGCCACCACGGCUCUAUGCAGAAUGUCUCAGUGGCACGAUCACGGACGCCCACCAGCCCACUGGAUGAGCUCACCAACCUCUUCACCACUGGCAGGAACAUGCUGAAAAAGAACACCAGCGGCAAAAAGAGCAAGGAACUGGGAGAGAGUGAAACCAAGGGAAAGAGCCACAGCUCCGAGUCCAAACGUGAGCACAAGGAGCGGAGCCAUCACAGCAAAGAGUCGAAGCGAGACAAGGACCGCAAGUCACAUCGGCGAAACAGCAAAGACAAAGAGCCGAAUAGCAUCGAAGCCUUAUCUCGGCAUGACGGCAAAGACUGUGCUUAUGUAAAUGUUGAGCAGUUGGCCAGAAGAGACAGCAAGGACAGGGGGUGUAGUGGUCCAGAACUUCCUCCCCGACCAGAGAACAAAGAUCGAGGCAGUAGCACAGAGGCACUCCCUCGACGAAAUAGCAAAGACAGAGGAUGUAGCACUGCAGAGCCUUCGCACAGGCGGGACAGUAAGGACAGAGGUUGCAACACCGCAGCAGAGCCUGUGCACAGGCGGGACAGUAAAGACAGAGGUUGCAACACUGCAGCAGAGCCUGUGCACAGGCGGGACAGUAAGGACAGAGGUUGCAACACUGCAGCAGAGCCUGUGCACAGGCGGGACAGUAAGGACAGAGGUUGCAACACAGCAGCAGAGCCUGUGCACAGACUGGACAGUAAGGAUAGGGGCUGCAAUGGUUCAGAACAUUUGCCCAGACAAGACAGUAAAGAACUGCUUAAAAAUGGUCUGCAUACCAGACGGGACAGCAGAGAGAAAGUUUGCUAUGGAAUAGAACUGCCUCCCAGAUACGAAAGUAAGGACGUGGGAAGAACUGGGUUGGAAAGUCGACGGGACAGUAAGAAUGGUGGCAGGCAUGGUGUGGAAUCCGGUCAGGACAAGGAAAAGAACCACGGUACGGAGAUCAGGAGCAAGGAAAGGAUCAGCAAUGGCAACGAUGCAAUGAGCAGACUGGAGUGCAAAGAUAGGGGAGUUCUCACCAAUGAGGCUUUUUCGCGGUAUGAGGGGAAAGAUAGAAGUAACUAUGGCACAGAGUCACCCAAAGCACACAACAGGGACACAAAGUCUGGAUCUUCAGCAGUGGUAUCUUCCAUCCGGUCCGGACGGUCUUCCGUGAGCUCGAUGUUGGGAAACUCAAACUCUGAUCUGAAGACAGCUCCAAAGACAGGCCGGUCUUUCUCCACACCAUCUCCAAAAAGCACACCUCAAAGACAGCCUCCUGAUGUCCAAAAGAUGCACCCAUUGCCUUGGUUGUAUGAUGACAGCACCAUGUUGGAAAUGAUUGAGAGGAAACAGCGACUCUGUCGGGAGAUCAGGUCUCAUCAGCGGCUUCCUGAUCGUAGCCCAUGCAAGAAAGAAAGUCUGCCUAACGUGGCCAGCUGGCCGAAAACCAACGGGACGAAGAAGCACGGUCCGCCUCCCUACCCCGCUCAGUCCACUGUGUUCUGGGACACAGCCAUUUGAUCUUCUGGCCCUAAGAGCAUUUUAGGGUCAUAGUAGCAGCAGAUCAGAAAACGAUGGGCUGGGGUUACCAUAGCAAUAUUUCAAAGGUUGACGUUUAUGAGGUUUUCGUAUCAUUGUUAAUAUCUAAUAUUUUUUUACUCAAUGUGAUUCCUAAAUGACUUAGCAUCCAUAGAUAUUUUCUAAAUUGAAUGGAAUAUCUUUGCAAAUAUAUUAUUUAAUGCAGUCGAUGUUUUUCUAACUUUCAUUUCAUUUAAGUUUCUUUUUACAUGGCAAAACGCAAUCAGUACCUUUGCAUCAAUAGCUUUUACUUGCCUUUCUAUUUUAAGACGACAUUUCUGUGGUUUUUGCCAUGUUGAAUGAAAUCUGUUGGAUUAGGGCUAGCUUACUUCUCGCUGCCUUUCCACACUUUAUCAGAUCGUUUAUUCGAAUGUUUAUUAUUAAGAAAUGAACAGAUCAAACAUUACUUAAGGAAGGAUUUAAUUGUUAUUAUGAUCACACUCUCAUUUCUUCGACCUUUGUAGUCAUUAAAGUAGCAGAGAUUGACAAGUUAGGCUCAGGUCAUUGCACCUGUUAAUAAGGGUAACAGUUUUUCUGUGUGAUGCACACAGUGACCCCUUAAGGGAUGUUUUAAUUAUCUGUGUGUAUGUAGAUCUGUAAUAAUGAGGGGUGGUAUCCUCUCUACUUUGGGUCUGUGGCAAUAGCUGGCCAAUGAGAAUCCUCUGAAGUGCACAGUGAGGAUGGUCACCCAGAGAUUAAUGACAAUCUGGAAUAUCAAAGUUGUAUUUUUUGCAACUCGGCAUUAUUUAAGAAUUGUGUAGAUGGACUGAUAAUUGUGAAGAGUUUUUUUUGUGCAGUGGUCUUGUAUAGAAUGACUGUGCCAUUAUUUAUCAUAAUUUAAUGGAGUAGAUUGAUUGGAAAUGGACACAAAUACUUGUUAUUAGCAACACAAACCAAUGAUCAAUAGCUCUUAGCUAUAUAUAUAUAUAUACUGUAUGUAUAACCUAUGGCUGCAAGGCCUGGUAACAGGGAUUAUGGUUGCAUAAACAAAGAGGCUGUACGCAAGAGAGCUGCAAUCCUCUACCACAUAUUGCUUGCCGCUCCCUCUACCUCUUAGAUCAGUUAAUGUGGUCAUUCAUUUGCACAACCAAUGCAACAUCUGCAUUGCCAAAGUACUCGGAUGCUAGUUAUAUCCCCCGCCCUUGUUCCUCCCUUUAACCUCCAUGUUUGAACUUGAUGCCUGUACAAAAUGUGUUGCCUUGGAGACCGAUACUCACUGUACUGUAACUGGGUCACAUUGAGUCAGAGGUCACAGAGACUGUAAACUAUCAGAUGUACACAUAUAGGUACACAUAUGGGAACUAAAGUCUGGCUAAAGUAGUGUUUGAGAUCCAGCUUAGGUACCCGAAUAGGUUGAGUGAGCUGAUCCUAGAUCGGAGGUUAAGGGGUAGCACUUGGUAUACAGUCUCAAAAACAUGGAGGUUCUGAGAUGUUGUAGCUUGUUCGUUUGUAUGUGUGCCAAGCUACACUGUAUGCAGAUUAACAAUAAAGAUGAUUGUUUGAAAUUCACUCUCUUGUGCCCACUGGGUGCAGUUCAGAAAUGUAAUAAUGUACAAUCUCUUUGUAUGUAAAAUGUGCACUGUGAAAGGUAGAAAGCCUAUGUCCUUUGUCUUAUUGCACUGAGUGUUCUCUUAUAUGUACAGUAACAGUUGAAAAAGUAUGCUGAUUGUCACUUUUCAAGAUAAAUAAAUAUAAACCGCAAAC